AUGUCACAUCAAGACUUCAGCCGAAAAGCCCGACUGGACACAAACAUCAUCAUCCAACGACAGGACAUCGAUCACCAAAAGCAAAAUACAUCCACUCGGAAAGGACCCAGGCUAGUGGCUAGCAGGGCUAGGAGUAAUCUUGAAAUGUCUAAAUCAGGCGGAAUCAAGAUCGUAUCCCCUGAGAUCGAAUCGAUCGUCUUAUUACGUCUGAGGCCACUGAUCACACAUACCUACGUCUUUCCAUUCAUCUUUGCGUAUCCUCUUGCGGCUUAUGCCUACUUUUUUGAAUAUGAUCGCUAUCUUCGCUCUGUGGAUGGCGAAUCACAGGAAUGGACCUUCUUGCUCUGUGUCACCGUCUUCGGUGGUCAUGCGUUGAGUUGGCUGGCUACAAGGUGGAAUACAACUAUCCGACAAGCAGCUACCUCUUUUAGAGUGAAUGAUAUCAGUAAGGCUGAUCUUGUCAAAGUGAUCCCCAAACCUAACAAAGGUACCCCUGCAUUUUGUCCGAUCUUGCACUCCAAACGCACCGUCCAAAAUUCGAAAUCCGAGAAGAAUGCCCCAGCUCAGCAAGAAACCAUACUGUACAUUGAAUAUCAACGAGACCAUUACUUUUACUCGCCUACUAGCCAUUCAUUUGGGCUGUUGGCUUACCCUUCAGACUCCAAACCACCGAUGUCGACGAUGACGAGUUCAAAUGGAAUCACUAGCGAGUCUGAGCUCGCCCUGGCCAAAGAAAUGUAUGGGAAGAAUACCUUCGACAUCCCCGUACCAACCUUCCUCGAAUUGCUCGCCGAACACAUGCAGGCCCCGUUCUUCGUCUUCCAAAUGUUCUCAGUCGGUCUCUGGUUCCUGGAUGAAUAUUGGUAUUACAGUCUCUUCACGCUGUUCAUGUUGAUCGUCUUCGAAUGCACCACCGUCUUCCAACGCCUGCGGACCUUGAACGAGUUUCGUACGAUGUCGAUCAAGCCUUAUCAAAUCAACGUCUAUCGCAAUGGGAAAUGGGGCGAGGUGAUAUCCGAUGAACUAGUCCCAGGUGACUUGGUGUCUGUAUUAAGAACUAAGGAAGAUUCAGCCGUACCUUGUGACCUGCUACUUCUCCGCGGAACCUGUAUUGCAAGCGAAGCCAUGUUAUCUGGAGAAUCAACUCCACUACUUAAAGAGUCGGUCGAAUUACGUUCGGGUGACGAUCAACUGGAUUUCUUGGGCAAUGAUCGCAACUCGUGUUUAUUCGGUGGAACCAAGAUCUUACAAGUUACUCCAUCAACUUCAGAUGCUGUCGGGGAUAAGCUCAAAACGCCCGAUGGUGGUUGUUUGGCCAUUGUUCUUCGCACUGGAUUUGGAACCACUCAGGGUCAAUUGAUCAGGACGAUGAUCUUCUCUACCGAACAAGUCACCGCAAACAACUAUGAGAGCUUCCUGUUUUUAGCAUUCUUGAUGCUUUUCGCGAUCAUUGCAAGCCGAUACGUCUGGGUUAAAGGAGUCGAACGCAACUUGAAACGGUCGAAGUUGUUACUGGAUUGCGUGAUCAUCAUCACCUCAGUCGUCCCACCCGAGCUGCCAAUGGAACUCUCCAUGGCUGUCAAUGCCUCCUUGGUUGCUCUUUCAAAGUAUGCCAUCUUUUGCACCGAGCCAUUCCGAAUUCCUGCUGCAGGCCGGGUCGAUGUAUGUUGCUUCGAUAAGACGGGUACAAUCACUGGGGAAGACUUGAUGGUCGAAGGUGUAGUUGGGGUAGAUGAUAAGGACGUCCUUAAACUUGUUCCACUCAACCAAACCGGUAUGGAAACCACCUUUACUCUGGCUUCAGCUCAUUCACUGGUCCUACUAGAUGAUGGUAUAAUUGGUGACCCGAUGGAGAAAACUACUCUCGAGGCGGUGGGUUGGGGUGUCAACCAAGGAGAUACCAUCCUACCUUCCUCCAACGAUCACACCCAUCGGGCAGUAAUCACCAUCAAACGCCGCUUCCAGUUUUCUUCCCUUUUGAAACGGAUGUCGACGGUUUCGAGUGUCGUCACACCUGAUCGACAAACGAAGACUAUGGUUUCAGUCAAGGGAGCACCUGAGGUCAUCAAGACUAUGAUCACCAACGUCCCUGAGCAUUAUGAGAGUACAUAUAAAUAUUACACCCGUCGGGGAAGUCGGGUGUUGGCCUUGGCGUACAAGUUCAUCAACAUCCAAGGCGCAAAUAAAAUCAACGACCUUCUUCGAGAACAAGCCGAGUCUGAGCUCAUCUUUGCCGGGUUUUUGGUCUUCACUUGUCCCCUCAAGCCAGAUGCAAUAGAGACAUUGAAAAUGCUUGCAGAUUCAUCGCACCGAUGUAUCAUGAUUACCGGCGACAAUCCUUUGACAGCGGUACAUGUAGCCAAAGAGGUCGAAAUUGUGGAUCGCGAAUGUUUGGUAUUGGAUGUACGAGAAAACUCCACAGAUGAAAAAGAUUUGGUCUGGAGGACGGUGGAUGAUCAGAUGAUUAUUCCAGUGGAUGUAUCCAAACCGAUCGAUCCCAAGAUCCUUUCAGAUUAUGAUUUGUGCAUAACUGGGGUAGCCCUGAAGCAAUUUGUAGGGAUGCCGAGCUGGGUGGAUCUAGUCCAGAAUGUCUGGGUGUACGCCCGAGUCUCGCCAGCGCACAAGGAGUUAAUUCUGAACUCGCUCCGAUCUCUGGGAUACACGACUCUGAUGGCGGGUGAUGGGACGAACGAUGUGGGUGCCUUGAAGGCUGCACAUGUUGGCGUGGCCCUCCUCGACGGAUCUCCCGACGACCUUAAGGCAAUUGCCGAACACCAGAGGAACGAACGGCUGAAGAAAGUCUGGCAGACUCAGUUGAAUAUCUCGCAGAGAUUCAAUCAACCCCCUCCUCCUGUACCCGCCGCUCUUGCUCAGGUGUACCCAGAACUUGUUGAUGUGCACCUCAAGGCACUCAAAAGCGGCCAAGACGCCCGGAAAGCCAAUCCAAUGGAAAAGUUCAACUUGGCCGACAUUACGUCUAAAAUGGCCGAUAUGGACGAAGACUCCGAAGGGCCGCCCAAGAUUAAAUUGGGUGAUGCAUCGGUAGCAGCCCCGUUUACGUCAAAACUGUCAAACGUCUCAGCAGUCUCGACGAUCAUUCGACAAGGCCGAUGUACGCUAGUUGCCACGACCCAGAUGUACAAAAUCCUUGCUUCAAACUGUUUGAUCUCGGCUUACAGUCUUAGUGUUCAAUAUCUGGAUGGGGUCAAGUUUGGUGACUAUCAGAUGACCAUCCAAGGUGUCUGCAUGUCUGCCUGUUUCCUCUGCAUCUCUCGAGCUAAGCCUGUUGAAAGGCUAUCCAAGGAGCGGCCUCAGGGGAGCAUCUUUAACACUUAUGUCGUGGCUACUGUCCUGGGACAAUUCAUGUGUCAUUUAGCAGCAUUGAUCUACAUUACAGGACUUUGUGAAACAACAUCACCACGCACCAAAGAAAUCAAUCUGGAUGCUGAGUUCGAGCCGAGUCUAUUGAACAGUGCGAUUUACUUACUCUCGACCUGCCAAAGCGUCUCCACCUUUGCGGUGAACUUCCAAGGCCGACCGUUCCGGGAAGACAUCAAGGAGAACAAGCCGCUGUUCUACGGCUUGCUCGGAGCGGCAGCAGUGGCCUUCUGCGGGGCUACCAACUUCGUUCCUGAAGCGAACGGCUGGCUCCAAUUGGUGGACAUGCCUACCAGCUUCCGGAUGCAGUUAUGUAUAGUCAUGUGUAUGGACUUCGGCGGCGCGAUGUUGGUGGAGUUGAUUGCAAAGUUCCUGUUCUCAGAUGUUCGGCCGAAAGGGAUGGUCAUCAAAGGGAUCGAGCGUCGAGAAGCUCGGAGAAAAGUCGAGGAGAAGAUCCUUCUUGAGCAACAGAACUCGACCGCUGAACUCGAUUCUACUGCUUCAGAUCAGAAAGCUUCUUCUUCCACUGCCUUGAACUCGCUUCAAGAUCAAAAUCAUAUCCGCAACAGAAACCCUAAAAAAUCUUCUUCGCAAAAUAAACAUCAACGGUAAAAAACAAAACAAUACAUCUGCAAUGGGAAUUCUCUUGAUUCUCUUUUUUUAUAU